AUGGCUCCCAUGGCUGUGCCGAUUGUGCUCGCCAUGGGCAUGAUGGUGGCCUGGUACAGCAUUUGGGCCCGUUUUGCACACCACGACAUGAUCUGCAUCAUGCAUGUCACGAUCCACCUCAAGCAGCGAAAGAGUAUCUUAGCAGUCCGAACGAUGAUGGACUGGUACACUAUGCUUGCCCGAUCUGCAAACAACUUUAAGAUUUGCAGAAUGCGCUUCAUCAUCCAUCUCAACAGGCGACCUGCUGCCCUGAAUGGGAUGACGAUUCCACACUUCAACAGUGUCACGGCCAUGGUUCCCAAAACCCGCGAUAAAUGUGAAAGAAGAGGUACGCCAAUCAGCUGGCCAAAUCCGUGCGCCAUCAUAAUGAAGCAGAUGCAUAUAGUGAAGCGCAUAAUCCUCCCAACAAACUGA